GUUCGGAUUCUGUCUCGACUGGACGCUUUUUCCGCGGGUGGUCGUAACGCAAGUCGAUCCCUUCCGCCCGGAUGGGGUGACGCCCUCCCGAGCAAAGCGCGGCGGCCUUGAGGUCGGCGAUUUUCUUCUCUUCGUCGCGUCACAGUCAGACCGCAUCACUAUGGUCGCGACGUGGAAGGGCGACAGUCCGGAAGACGCGAUCCUGAACCGGAUCAAGGAGCGCAUCGCGGCGAAGAAACCGCAGGUCUCGUCUUUUGGGUUCCUGCGCUCGAACUUUGCGGAACGGUAUGUUCAAAUCUUCAUUCCGAAGAACACGCCCGCAUUGAUAACGGUCGACGGCAAAUCGGGGAGCAUCACGCAGCCGCCCGACUCGGAGCUGACUCGGCGUGGAGUGGUCGUCGGAGACGUGGUGGCUGCCGUCAACGACGUGCUCACCGUAGAGAGCGACGACCCGUCUCGCAUCGGACGCCGACUCGGCGACUCUUCCGCUGACCGCCACGUGUUGGUGUUUCGGCCGGACGGGAGCUCCGCAGCGAGUAAGACCUUCACCAAAGCGUCACGCGACGAGGAUUUCGUUGUGCGCGACUUGCCGAAGGCAUGGCGAGAGAAGUCGAGCCAGGGUUACGCGGAUAGCGAAAAGCUGUACGCGAAACAAACACAGGAGAGCGGCGCUGGCGCAACUACAUCUACACCGCAGAAGUCCCUUGAAGGAUCAACAACAUCUCCAGCCAUUGUGACUGCACCACCAGCACCAGGAGGACCUCCAGCUCCUGCGGAGGAUAAGCAGAAGACGCCGGGACCGUACCUGCGGUCGAUGCUGGCGAUGGUGAAAGACCCGAAACAGGCCGGUAUCACCGGAUGGUCGCAGGGAACGAUUGACACUGCAGUUCUGGACAACAGCCAAAUGAGCAGCGUCGAGCGCUUUCACAAACUUUUCGGUUUCGACCUCGACUGGGCGGAAUUCCCGCUUGUGCGGUGCAGUUCCAUCUCCUCCGAUCCUGCCUCGCGCGCGCAGCGGGCGAAAAUUGCCGUCGGCGACUUACUCCUCGUCUGCGGCGGAUCUACAGACCGCGUUACGCUCUCCGCCACGUGGGGCGGCACGACCAAUGAUCUCGAGUCCGCGAUUCUGGCCCGCAUUCAGGAGCGGAUCAAAGAGAAGAAACCACAGGUGGCAACCUUCAUUUUUCUCACGGCUGCGAGCCUCGGUAAUUACGUCCAAUUGACUUUGCCGGUGAAGAAAAGCAGCGUCGAGGAUGAUAUCGGCGUGGAAGCUUGGGACCACGAUGCGACGAGAGUGCGAAUCGGAAAAUUGACGGCCAGCUCCUCCACAUGGGCGAGACGCCACGACCUCGCGGUCGGGGACGAGAUAAUCGUCAGCAACGACCUGGUUGUGGAAACGGAUACUGCUGCUUUCAUCCGCCGCGUCGGCCGACGGGACCAGGAACAAAGACUUUUGGUGCGCAGGCCCAGCGGUCCGUUCUCGUCGGUGACCCGCGCAUCGGAAGAUUUCUUGACCCGCCCGCUACCAGACAAGUGGAAAGUCGCACUUGCUACGCGUCCGCAAGUCGCCCGCGCGUCCUCUUCAUCGCCCCCGGUUGUUGUACCCGAGAAAAGAGUCGUUGUCGCAACGCCGACUAUCAAAGAAUCGCAGGCACCAGCGGGACGACAAGCUGCAGAGCCAAGAGCAGAAACUCCAGCACCAUCACCACCGCACCAACCAAAGCCGGAAAUAGUCUCGGCUCCUGUGACUAUAACAGCCACAAGUCCGCAGCCUGGAGCUGCACCAACGCCGCAGAUGGAACAAGAUAGCACGGUGGCGGGAAAGAAAAAGAAAAAAGGUAUAAAAACCAAAUCCGAGGAAGUAACCGAGGGCAUGCCUAGUCUCUACACAAAACGCCAGGAACAGGGAAGGUUUUUAUGGCAUCUUCUUGCGGAUAGCAAGCGCCUUCAAGAGUUGGGCUUUUACACGUUUUCCAUCCCGACACUCCCUGAAGUGUUGAAUGCAACGGUCGCUUCGCCGAGUAAAAGCGAUGGCCGUCUGCGAUUUGUCCGGACAUUUGGGUUCGACCUGGAUUGGUUAAAUUUCCCCGUGGUCCGGGUGUCUUCGGUCCAACUUCGCACUCCCCGAAGCCGGGAUCCGAGCUUCGCCACCAAACACAAAGUGAAAGUUGGCGACUACCUGAUUUGCUGUGUCACGCUCCGAGACCGCGUCACGCUGCUUGCCACCUGGCGAGGAAAAGAUCCGUUCGAUGCAAUUCUCGGCCGCGUCGCGGCCCGGCAGAAGGAACGGAAGGACCCCGUUUGCAGCUUCUUGUUCCUGUCUGGCGAAAUGCGCAAAAACUUUUUGCAGUUGGUGGCGACCAGCGUCGGCGACUUUCGUGGUGACCUCGGGUUUCAGGUGGUGGACGGAACGGGUGCGGUCGGGGGACUAGCCGGCGUUUCGACCGUUGAGCACACCACUCGCACUGGCGUGGGAACCGUGAUAAAGACGGAAUCGAUGCAAACCGUCUCGUUUUCGUCGACGUUUCAGUUGCAGCAGAAGGACGAGGUCUUUGUCGCGGUGGGCGGCACAACGGAGCUUUUGGUCGAAAAGGACUGGCGCAAGAUGAAGACCUUGCUCUCGAAAGACGGCCCGCGGCCGUUGUACCUUCUGCUUCGGAGGAAGGCGGGGUUUCCGGAAGAGGAACUUGUCGCCGUCGAUGCUGACAUCAGCCGGGCACUGCCGCAGCAGUGGGCUGUAGCGCUUAGCGCACAGCCUCCGCAUCUCGUGCAGCGCGACUACAAGAUUCUUGCAGAUGGGGAUCCCUCGAUGAAUAAAGCACCGGCUGAAAAAAACGCUUCUGGUGCAGACGAUGGGCAGAAGAAGGCGCGCCUAGCGCUGGCUCCUGCGCGGCCGCCGUUUCUGCUUCAUCUCCUCGACAAGACCGCGUUGGACGAUCGGCGCGCACAAAUGCAGCUCGGUCUUCUCACCCUCCGCCUCGACACUCCCCUCCGCGAACUGGCCCAGAUCACCGGCGGCAACUUGUCGGGCCGCGACAAACUCCUCAAAACUUUCGGGCUCGAGUUGGACUGGGCCGCGUUUCCGCGCGUAACGAUCGACCGUGUGGAGCCGGCAUCGGCGGCCGAGCGCGCAGGAACGAAGCCGGGCGACGUGCUCGUCGCGCUUUGCGGAGCUGCGGUGCCGACCAUGGCCAGCUGGCCCGGCGAGGACCCAGACGACGCGGUGUAUCACAAACUGAUCGCGACGAACACGGUCCGGCGCGCGUUGUCCUUCGUGCAGGAAAACUACGUUACCUCCUACUGGGCCGUGCAAAUCCUCGGACACGGUGCGCUGGCCUGCGAGAACGACGUGCGUGCGGUGCUCGACACGCGGGGCGUCAUCCGCGCAGUGCCGGCCGCGAGUUGGGCGGAGCGAGAGGGUCUGCAGGUCGACGACAAGAUUAUCGUCAUCGCGGAUCAGCUGAUCGAAACCGGACCAACGGUGCAAAACACCGACGCAGUGAGUGUUUUCAUCGACAAGUGCAUGUUUCGGGAUGUCGUGGGGAAGCAGGCCAGUAGCGAAGUAGUAGUAGCUUCUGGAGGAGGUGCAAGUAAUACGCAAAUGGAAAUGCACGCGCCCGCGGUUGCAUUGCUGAUUCGCAGGAAGUCUGCGGUCGGGACAGUAGAGUUGACGAAAACGUUGUUUCCCCCGACGACGUUGCCAUUAGUGUGGAUGGACAAACUAGCUGCGCGCAAAGCCACAAAGAGUGACAGCCCGGCCCGGCUGGAGGUGCUACAGGCGGCGUACUCGGCAGCAGGCGACAGACAGAAAGCGACCAAACAAGAUGAAACGGAAGUGGGCUUGUCAGCCGACGAAGUGCCGGAGGUCGUGACAUUUUCAUCGGCAGACGGUGGAGACGGUGAGAGGGUAGCACAGCGGUGGGAGCAGCAAGUCGACAGAGAGGAGAUGGAAAAGAUGAACCGACUAGUGCUCGGCACUCAGCUGCGACCAAGAAACGAAGAUGCUGUGGCUGUCACGCGGGCGCGCGGCGACGGCGGCGCGAGCGGGCUGAAGGCCAGCGCUUCAUCACCCGCAGCAUCGCCGAAACGCGCUGCACGGUUGCUGGGAAGCAGCUCGGCCGCGAAGAAGGAAAGCGACAAGCGGGUGCUGGAUCAGGCACAGCACGCUUUUGAGCUACAACCUGUUGGCUCUCGUAUUGCGAUGGAGCAGUUUGGCGUCGCAAGCGGCGAACGGACUUCGGGAAAGCGCGGCUUUCCGUCAGACCCCGAAGCGGACACCCUGUCCCGUGUGCAGCUGGACCGACUGGCCAAAGAAGCUGCGGUUUUCGCGACGGACUCCUUGCACGACAAACAUGCCAAGAUCGCGCCGCAUCAGGGGCGUGCGCGACGCGACGAAGCGUUGUUUUCCCCGGGGAAAAGAGCGCGGAGAUCUGGUCCGCCAGUGCAGCUCCGGCUCUUCCAGGAACGCAACAAAGCCGGACGCACGUGGAACCAAGAGGCAGCCCGGUGUCCCACACUGCUAAAGGAAAUGUGGAAGAGAACUUACAUUUCUGCCAAAACGGGUAGAAGCGAUCGCAUGUUGCGGCCGGUGGUCAAUUGAAGCUGAAAUACAAAGAGCAAUGCAGUAGCCACCGAAGACAGAGAAGUCGUCUGUGGAUGAUUUUUGCCAUAAGGAUAAGUUAAUUCACAUGAUGUUCAGCAGCUUCAGGAGGACGAGGACUAGGACAGGGAGAAAGACUUGAACUUGAAUCAAUACGAACCGCAACCCGUUGGGAUUAUGUAUCCGAAU